AUUUUCAAAAUAUGUUCUGCGCAGACACCAUCCCCAACCCCCCUAUGUGUAUAUUUUUUUAAUACUUUGUGAGGAAAAACUGUCAACCAUAUCCAAAGUGCAGGACCAAAGAGAAGUAAAUAAUGUAUGCUUUUGUUAGAUUCUUUGAAGACGAUAUGUGCUACGCGUUGCCCGUUUCAAAUGUGGAAGAUUUCAGACCUCUGCACAGAACAGAUUUUGAUAAUCAGAAGGUGUAUCUGGUUCACAGAACUGAAGAGAAUGGCAGCGCAGGCCAGCCGUGCGAAGCACAGAUCCUUGCCCUUGCAGAUACAGUAGAAGAAUUUGAAGACAGUAUAACGCAAAAGAAGAUGAAAAUUCCCAAGAUGUCCAUCAAGAAUUCAGGAAACUCUAUUGAGAACAGUUUUGGAGAGGAGAGAAUGCCACUCAGACAUAAAAAGGCCCUGUCUCAUGACCAUGGACGCCCACUUUCCAACUCCUCCAAGAGCCUGGCAGCAGUAGUGGCUCGCCUGGAGAGGAACGCGGCCAGCUCCUGUAUGGAGGGCGAAGAGGACCUGGACGAGGACCGGCUGGCCGAGGAGGGAGAGGACGCAGAUGAUGAAGACGAAGACAUGGAGGCAGAGCAUCAGCAGCAUCAUCACCAGCAGCAACAGCAGCACUUGGAGGUGGACACGGACUGCGUGUCCGAGGUAGCCGCCGCCGUGGUUCCCAGAGUCCUGUACGAGGAGCUGGUUCACAGCUACAGGCAACAGGAGGAGGAGAUGAGGAGGCUGCAGCAGGAGCUGGAGAGAACCCGCCGGCAGCUGGUGCAGCAGGCCAAGAAGCUGAAGGAAUAUGGCAGCUUGCUGACAGAAGUCAAAGAACUGAGGGACUUCAACAGGAGGCUGCAGGACGUUCUUCUCAUGAGACUGGGCAGCGAGCCUAUGCAUGACAAUGGCACUCAGACAAUCAAGGCUGAAGUGGUUGAACCUAUUGUUGAGGCCCAGGAGACCUGCAGAGAAGAAGCCAACACCAGUUCCAGCUACUCACCCUCACCCAGAACAGUAUACACCUGCAACGACGGCAAGGUCCACCUUGGCGGUGGGAUCUGGGUGGAAGAGGAGAAGUGGCACCAGCUGCAGCGGACCCAGGGAGACUCCAAGUUCACAAAGAACUUAGCCGUCAUGAUCUGGGGCACAGAAACCCUCAAAAACCGCAGUGUCACCGGAGUGGCCACCAAAAAGAAGAAAGACGCCCUGCCCAAACCUCCGCUGUCGCCCAGCAAGCUCAAAAUAGUCAGAGAGUGUCUCUACGACAGAGUGUCUCAAGAGACGGCCGACAGUGCAGAGAUUACGCAGAGAUUGUCCAAAGUGAACAAAUACAUUUGUGAAAAGAUAAUGGACAUCAACAAGUCCAUCAAGAACGAGGAGCGGCGGGAGUCCAAGCUGCUCAUCAGACAGACAGUCAAGAUGGAGAACUUCACCUACGAUGGCAUAUAAUGAUCAACCGUCACGCCAGCGCCUUCUGCCCCCCCGCGUGGUCUGCAGGACGUCGAGGGGACUCGAUGUGGGCGUUUGGGGGAUGCUGUCUCCGCUUCAGAAGCGGUCCCAUUUCUUACACAUCGGAUUUGGUUCUUAGGUUAAAACAAACGGGCCCCGUCCCACCUCCCCGUAGAGCGACCGUCUCGUUUCUCCCAGUUUUCUAAUUGGCUCGCAGACAGCUUUACCCACCAGUUACAGAUUUAGACCACAUGUGAACUCGUUUGGUGUGAGCUGGUGUGUGUGUUUUUAUAAGCUUUACAGCGGCGUUGGUACCGAGAUCGUUGAGGUGUGUGCAUAUGUGUCAAACGAUGAAAAUUAGAUGUGAUUGUUAAAUUAAUUUAUUGUUCUGUGUCAGAACAUAAUUUUGAGUCCUUGAACUUUUACAAAGUUUCUUAAAAAAAAAAAAGCAGUUCCCCAGGUGAAGUCUUUUAAAGAUGCUGUUAGCUGUUAGAGAGAGCGGUCGACUGUUUCACCCGAUAGCUGCCGGGGAUCCCAGUGUUUGCUGUUGGUACUUAUUGCAUAGAACGGGACACGAGGGUCUCAAAUGCACAAGUCUUAAUUAGUAACAGCCAUAUUUAAUUUUGCAGCAGAGAUUCUGUUGCUCCAAGAGAUUAAUUAUGAGUGUGUGCGCCCCCUUAACUGUAGGUUAAUCACAACACCUCACUUUAUUAAAAAGAGGGCUUAUAGAGAUUUAACGGGCAGGACGACUCUGGUGUCGAGUCUACAGAGUGCUGUAUUUGUUUUGUUUUUUUUAUGUUGACCUUUAAGUUACGAACGUUUGCCAUCAUUGAGAGAGCACAAGAAAGCUUUGGAUGGGAUGUCCGUGUGUUGCUCUUAAUCAUACAUGUCACUUUCAGAAAACUUGACUGUUGAGUGGUGGAGGUGGUGGUGGAGGUGGAGGUACGGGCACGUCGAUGCCAAGAAAGGCCUUAAAUGGAUUUGGCAAUCACCAGGGACUGGUAACGCUCCUGGGUUUUCUAGUAAGCUGUGAUUGUAAAUAUAUAGCAAGCUGAAGUGAUGAAGCUUCACCUGCACUUUGCUGUGAGAAUGUAAGCGGUGGCCAGGUACUAUUUUCUGUGCGGUUCACACCAUUAGGCUGAGCUGAGCCGGACUACUGCCGGGAUGAGAAUCAGGGCACAGCUCUGCACGCUCCAGGUCAUCUUCUUGUGGAGGCAGUGUUAGCUGUGGGUAAAGCUGUCUGGAACACUAUUGUGCUGUUGAAGCUGUCUGGCCCUGCUGAACCCUGUAAUAACCCCCUCUUGUUUAAAGCCACAUCGCUGGGGAACAAAGUAAGGUUGCUCCGGUGACAAUUUCCUCUGAGCUAUGCCAUCAGAACUUUUUAAGAUUUCCUCUGUUUCUUGUAUGUUUUUUCAUGAUUUUUUUCCUUCCUUUCUCUCCCGUUGUUAUAUUGUUUUGACCCAAAAUGGUUUGUGUGGCUGUCUGCAGGCUGGAACUAAACGCUGCAGAUUGAAAUCUCAACUGUGACCUAGCUGUGGCUAACUGUGAAUCUGCUGCAGAGCUGCCCAUCAAGCCAGACUCCUCUUAGAUCCUCGUCCGUCUCUCGGUUUCUUUCUUCUUUUUUUGUCCAUCUUGUUGUUUUUUUUGUUAUUUCAAAAAGUUCAGAUCAGCCUUUUCUUAAGCUACUUUUAUGUUUUGGAGAUAUUUUAGUGUACAUAAAUCACAUCUUUUUAUUUUUCCACCGAAACAUGGAUAUUUCAAUUUGUCGUCAUGUUACAGUUUAACGGUUCUGGUUUCAGUUUUCGGUUUAGCUAAUUGAUGUUGUAAUUCCACGUUAACCUGUCGACUUCAUGUGUUUCUUUUUACAUUUAUAUAUAUAUAUAUAUUAUUUUUUUUCAUAUGAAUUGUUGGCUUUAAGCUUGAUGUUGUAUCCAGACGUAGACCAGUGGCGUCUACGAGCAGAUGAAAACGUAUCCCCUCCCCUCCGCUUAGCCAAAGUGAUCUCUGUGGAACAAGAGAGGCGAGGCUUUCCUUAACAUCGGAUUUAUUUUAAUUUUUUUAACAGAACCCAUACAUUACAUUCACAACAUGUGAUAUUUAACGAAAACCUCACUUAGGAUCUGCGGAUCUGCCAUAGUAAGAUGUUAAACCGUUGCGCUCUGACAGUUGAGAUGCAGUAGUUAGAUCAACACAAAUCAUUUACAUUGAAUGCACUUUAAACUUCUGGGCGAUUUCUUCAAACUUAAAGAAAUGUAUUUGUGGUAUUUGUCCUUUUUUUUUUUUUUUAAAUGUGUUUAUAGAUUUAAGGCCUAACAAUCAUUGUAUUCUCAUGAAGCACCUUAGAACAUUUUUGGUUUGUUGUUUGUUACGGCAAGAAUGAGUUGUGGGAUCUAGUUUCGUUUUGUCGGUCAGACGUGCCCCUGACAUGCCAACGCUCCACAACAAGCUCGAUAGGUUUAGUUUAAGACGAUUUAAUCGACGGUUUAACCAUUUUUUUUCCAUAAGUUAUGUUGAAACUGGAAUCCUACAAUUCCGCUGCAGCCUCCUGAACAAUAGACGGAUUAUUUGGCGAAUUGACAAGCGACAGACGACUUCUUCUGCGCAAAAUCAACCAAUUUUAAGACUUUUACCAAUGAAAUGUGCAAGCUGACUGGAAUAUGUGCUUUAACUUAAUGUGUCAAUAUGCUGGUUAUGUAUAAAUAUGACUUAUAUAGGCAUAAUUGUGUAUUUUUACAAAUGAGUGGUAACUGUAAGCCAAAGUAUUGAAUGCUGAGAUCAAGCUAAAGAAGGGGGAUGCUGACUGAGGAAUCAGCGGGGUUUGCACAAAACAAAACAAAAAAAAACCAAUGGCCCAUGCCACGGUAAUGGAGCUUAGUGAAUCUUAAGUCACCUGAACGGUGGCGUGUUAUUGAUAUAUAUAUAUAUAUUUUUGGGUGGGUGUUUCCUUUUAAAUCAGUUCCCUUUUUCCAGCGUCCUUUCCUUUCCUGUUUCGUUUCUUCCUGUACAAAGCAACAUGUGAGGUUUACGUGCGCUGGGCUGUAUUUGAAAACUCAUGCGAUUUUUUUUUUCUUUUUUUUUUUUUUUUUUUUUUUUUAAAGAAAAGAUUUCUGCUGUGCAAAGCAACCUUGCUGAAAACUCUUGACACCGUUUGUCGCGUGUUGUGUUUGUGUUUUGUUUCUUUGUUGUUCGAUGCCAAAAGGGGGUGUGGUUAAAACGAUGCUUACAGAAGGAGCGUUUUAUGGAGCUAUCACGUCGUCUGAAACCUGUUUUUUCAAAAGGCUGGUUUUUCCUGGAGCGCGGUUUAGCCUAAUCCUUUAACGACAAAAAAAAAAAAAAAAAAAAGAAUCUUCUGUGGAUGAAAGCUGUAUGGAAGUACUGUAUGUUUUUAACCCAGAUUUGGCUUAAUCUGCCGAUCUCUAUCAAAUGUACCGAGUCACUUGCGGAGAGGCGUUUCGGGUUUUAGCGGCAUAUUAUUAUUACCAUUACAUAACCAGCGCAGGGCCAUUAGUGGACGAUAUAGGCUAGUUUGGCCCUGCAACGCAACACCAGAUCCUUCCAGUGCUCUCACUGUCACACUUCAGUAGCGAUAGGCAGGAAACACAACCUGGCUGGCUCUGUGAUCCUCUUCCUAUGCCACCUCUGGUUCCUUGCUCUCCUGACUAGAGUUUUUUUAGAAAUGCACACGUAUCGAGAUAAUGGCGAAUCUUCUCCUCCGCGUGGUGGUGUUUUUUUUUUUUUUCUGGUUGCGAACACCCUGUCAGAGCUUCAGGAGCUUUAUGUUUGCUUUCUGACAGUUUGAUUGGUGGGGAAGGAGGAGAAAGAAAAAAAAAACAACACAGAUCCAUUUUUAACUUCACUGUGUGGAACAAGAUAAGUGGCUCCAUCUCGCAGUUCUCAGAAGUUAAACGUACACAAAACACAUAACUGUUUGAGCCUCAGAUACAACGUCAGGCUUACUUCAAGAUCAGAGAAACGGGAGGAACACAUUGUUAGGCCUCUAUUUUUAUUAAAAGGUAUCAGUAACUUUGUAUACAAUCCACAAACCGGUUCUACUUCAUCUAACUUCACCGUCCUACCUCAUUGUUACUCUGGUGUUUGUCAGUGACUGUAAACUAUGUGUGUAUAUUAAAAAGAUUUAGAAAAAGACAAAAAAAAAAACAAAAAAAAACUCUAUACAAAAUGGUUACUCUCAACAUGUACAGCAUAUAAAACUUGUAAAACACCUCAGUACACGAAUAUCAUUCUUAGGAGAAAUCAGUUUUAUUACCUGCUUAAAGAUGCUGCUGUAACGGGGGUGUCUGUGUGUGAGGGGGUCGUCUCUGAAUAUAUAUCUUCGCUCUUUGCUAUGUCGUGCAGUUGAUCAGUGGUUGUGUUCUGUCUCUGUAUUGCAUUCUGAGAUUUUUACUGGUUGACGGUGCUACCAGCAAACAGUUCAAAAACUGAUCUAUCGGACCUCAAAUGGUGCUGUUUUUCUAUGUUUUUAUCGUCAUUACAGCUAUGUUUUAUUCAGGUGUGUCAACCAACCGCCACUAUCCCCCCUCAGCUAAUCAAAAUUCUAAGCCAAAAUAUCUUCUCGCGAAAACCGCUAACCCUGCUAUUACUGUAUCGACCUAUAUGCUAUCCAUCCAAAUAUUGUAGAUAGUGAUUAUAUCCUCAGCUGUGAGUUUCAGAAGUACCUCAGAAGUUGCUGAUUUUAAAUGGAUGCAUCCGUUGUCUCUCGACUUACAUUGUUGCAGUUGUAUUUUCAGAAAUAUGCAUUUUUACUGGUUAGAUCAGGUUACAGCUAUAGAUAUAGUACACGACUAUCAGCUCAGUUCGAUUCAAAGGAUGCCACUGUUCACUGGCUUGCACGCCAGACUGUCGCGCAGGAACUCUCGUCUGGGGCCGGGGCGGCGUGCUACCGCGGUAGAAGAGGUCCUCGGCAAAGCCACGUUCUGUUCGAGUCGGGUUCUAGAGGAGGGAUUCCAUUGGUAGUUCAGAAGCGAUCCUGGGAAUGUGUUAAAAAAAAACAAAAACAAAGGAAACUGAGAUCGCUGAGUGCAUCCACGAAGACUUCUUUGUGGAGUUUCCUGCAUGUCAGCUGGUACGAUCGAUUCGAUCUCGUUGCCGCUUCCAUCCGUGACCCCCCAGUUGUAUCGCUUCGUCCCUCAGUGUCACCUAAACGAUGUAAUUAUCAGUGUUAAGAUGAUGAAUUUAGUGUAGCAAUUCGUUUCAUGAUUGAUUACUGUGAGCUUGGCUUAAGUAUACUAAAAGUGCAUUAUAUUUUCUUUCACCCUGUUCACACCAAUGGAAUCUUUUCUGCGCCAAAGUGUUUGAAGUAUGUUGUUUUCUUUCUUUUCUUUUCUUGAAGGGGCGGGUUGGUCUACCUUUCAGUAUGUAUGUAUUUGUUUAGUUUAUUUGUUGUUUUUUUUAAACUCCAACCAUGUUUUUUUGAACAUGAAAUGUGCUGGCGCCUCUCUACUGUGAGUAGUGUGUGUUUGAAAUACACAGCGGUUGGUUUUAUGGAAGCACUUAAGCCAUUCGUUGGACCGUUUUUACGACGGUCCGACUGUAAGCUUUGCUCUGGUCCAGGGAAUUGACCCAGGGAGCUUUGUGUGUAAUUGAAUUCCUAUGCAGGUGUUGAGUUACUAACCUGGUACCACAUCACUGUCGGGGUGGAGGACCAACUACGGAGAUAGAGAGUUGAAUGUGUCUGCACAGCCUUGAGAUUGAAUCGAAAGGGGACAAAACGGCGACAUGACAAAUCCAUACAGAACUACGUUUUCACUGAGUUGAAUUAAACUGAGCUAUACAGGGCUGCUUGGGUACCUACCUGUCUGUACUAGUUAUAAAUGCAUUGCAGUGAUCAUUAGGGGAAGACAGGGUUAUUACUGUAUGGAUUAUUUUCCAGUUGGUAUGAUAAUGUGAAAAGAACUUCAAGACUAUUGCAGUAAACACUCCCUCACCCUACUUUAGCCUCGCAGAGGCAACCCUACAUUUACAGAAAAUGUUAUAAGUAUAUGCGAUAGAGAGUGUACAUGUCUUUGCUAAACCGGCCACACCUCUGCUAUGCGAGCAACUCUUUGACGCUUAGCAUCCUGUUCUGUGUUUUUCUCUUGCUGCAUUCAGGAACACCUGUUUAAUGUAUAGAUAAACAGAAAUAAAUCGAGACUUUUAUUCUAUCAGCGCAAA